AUGUUGAUGGCAGGGCAAAGGGGCGCCUGGACCAUGGACGACGAUGCGGUAGAGAAGAGCCUGGAAGCGCCGCUGGCACCCGCCACUGACGAGCCCUCCCAGCAGAGAGGAGGGGUGGCGGAAAUCUUAAAUGAGGAGAAGGUGACAUUUGAUGACGCGGAGCUCUCCUUAGUGCUUCAGAACGGCCUGGAGACCCUCCGAGUGGAAAAUGCGCUGACCGAUGUCAUCUUGUGUGUGGACAUCCAGGAAUUCUCCUGCCACCGCGUGGUGCUUGCGGCGGCCAGCAACUAUUUCAGGGCCAUGUUCUGCAACGACUUAAAGGAAAAGUAUGAGAAGCGGAUCGUUAUUAGAGGGGUGGACGCGGAGACCAUGCACACGCUCCUGGACUACACGUACACCAGCAAGGCGCUGAUCACCAAGCAGAACGUGCAGCGGGUCCUGGAAGCUGCCAACCUCUUUCAGUUUCUGCGGAUGGUGGACGCCUGUGCCAGCUUCCUCACCGGGGCCUUGAACCCAGAAAACUGCGUGGGCAUCCUGAGGCUGGCAGACACGCACUCCCUGGACUCUCUCAAGAAGCAGGUUCAGCACUACAUCAUCCAGAACUUUGUGCAGAUUCUCAGCUCCGAGGAGUUCCUGGAGCUUCCUGUGGACACUCUGCACCACAUUUUGAAGAGCGACGACCUGUACGUGACGGAGGAGGCUCAGGUGUUCGAGACGGUCAUGAGCUGGGUGAGGCACAAGCAGCCGGAGCGGCUCUGCUUGCUGCCCUGCCUCCUGGAGAACGUGCGCUUGCCGCUUCUGGACCAGUGGUACUUUGUAGACAUGGUCGAGGCCGAUCCUCUUAUCAGGCAGUGCCCGGAGGUCUUUCCGCUGCUCCAGGAGGCCAGGAUGUACCACCUGUCUGGUAACGAGAUUAUUUCGGAGCGCACCAAGCCCAGGAUGCAUGAGUUCCAGUCCGAGGUGUUCAUGAUCAUCGGCGGCUGCACCAAGGACGAACGAUUUGUGGCGGAGGUAACCUGCCUGGACCCCCUGCGGCGCAGCCGCCUGGAGGUGGCCAAGCUCCCACUGACCGAGCAUGAGGUGGACAGUGAGAAUAAGAAGUGGGUGGAGUUUGCAUGCGUGACAUUAAAAAAUGAGGUCUACAUCUCAGGUGGCAAAGAAACCCAGCACGAUGUGUGGAAAUACAAUUCUUCGAUCAACAAGUGGAUUCAGAUUGAGUAUUUAAACAUAGGCCGUUGGAGGCACAAGAUGGCUGUGCUGGGCGGCAAGGUCUAUGUGCUCGGAGGCUUUGAUGGCAUGCAAAGGAUCAACAAUGUGGAGACCUACGACCCCUUCCACAACUGCUGGUCGGAGGUUGCCCCCCUCCUCGUCCACGUCAGUUCGUUUGCAGCUACCAGCCACAAGAAGAAGCUCUAUGUGAUAGGAGGUGGGCCCAAUGGGAAACUGGCCACAGACAAGACACAGUGCUACGACCCUCUGACGAAUAAAUGGACCUUGAAGUCGGCCAUGCCAGUGGAGGCGAAAUGCAUCAACGCAGUGAGCUUCCGGGACCGCAUCUACGUUGUCGGCGGAGCCAUGAGGGCGCUAUAUGCCUACAGCCCCCUCGAGGACAGCUGGAGCCUGGUGACCCAGCUCAGCCACGAGCGUGCCAGCUGUGGCAUCGCGCCUUGCAACAACCGCCUGUACAUCACAGGGGGGAGGGACGAGAAGAACGAGGUCAUCGCCACGGUGCUGUGCUGGGACCCUGAGACCCAGAAGCUCACAGAGGAGUGCGUCCUGCCCCGGGGCGUGUCGCAUCAUGGGAGCGUCACCAUCAGGAAGUCCUACACCCAUAUCCGGAGGAUUGUGCCAGGAGCAGUGUCUGUGUGACCACGGGGGGACCUGGAGGGCGACCCCACCUGCCACAUCCCCAGUCGGAUCUUGCCCUGCAGUCACAGCUCUGGGACACUUGAGACCAGCCAGGAGCGUGCGCUCAUCUACCUCAGGAGGGAAGGCAUGGAGGCCAGUAGCGGGUGCCACUCAGGACGUACCUGCCUGGGCCAGGUCCCAGCUCGCUCCGCCAGGGCUAGGCCAGGAGUCUACACCAAGUCUUCCCAUCUCGGCCAGUGUCCUUCCUUCCAUACUGCCCAGCGUGGAGCAGGAAACCCAAAACCCGGGUCUAAGCCCGGCUCAGGUCUUGUUCUUCAAGACUGGUAAAGUUCAUUCAUUCAUGCACACCAUGAAGGUGUUUCUUCUUCCCUCCUUUCUUUAUCCCUUCUUUGUAGACUGGAUGCAAUCCAGGGUGUCAGAGCCCUGGAGUUCCCUGUCUAGAGCACGUAGGAGACCCGUCCACUUGGCAGGUCCUCGCAGACAGCUCUGGGAAGGAGCGUUUGGCUUAGAAGGGGUGAAAGACUUGUGUUCUGCGCUCUGCUUUUUCUGAUCACAAAUGGCCUGCUUUGGACUAGAUCUGACCUUACCAGACAAAGUCACCUUCACCACAGCCUGGUGGCCAGGCCUCUGCAUGUCCACGAGCUGUACUGUAGUGUGGAAAAAAGAUUUCCAGAGGCAGCUGCAAAUGCAGGCAUCUCAGUGCUGCUGGCCACAGCAGGAAACACAGAUCCUCCUUGACAGUAUUCUUCCUACUUUUUGGACAGUGAUGUGUGUCGAUGUUCCCGGCACCUCCUAGACUGUUGUUUUCAGGAUCCUUUAAAGCUCUUCUUGGGUUUUAGAUCAGUGUGGCUUGAUUUUGAUUUAAAGGACAGAGUCUGCCCUUCACUCUUAAGAGGAAGGGCUUUCAGAUGUGCUCACUGGAAAUGUAUUCUAAUCCCCAGGUGGGGAAACUGGUUAAGAGAUCUUGUUUCACACUCUGUAGUUAAAAACAUAGUGACAACAUCAUCAAAGCUUCUUUAUUUUAAUCGGCUGAUCUCAAUUCUCUUUUUAGAGCUUUAUUCUUGCCUCAGGGGGACGUAUCUUGCGUGUACUUCUCAACAGUUUGGCAAGUCAUAAGGGAUGUUAGGGAUGAUCUUGAAUUUAAUUUUCAUUAAAAAAUUAUGGUCAGAAGGACCUGAUGUUCAAAUAAUAGAUUUCUUCAA